GCUGGUGGGUAGCCUGUCACGUGUGCGGGCGGUGGCAGCGAUUGGUCAGGCCUGGCUCCGACAUGGCGGCGGGCGCGGUGUCUAACCCGUCCCAGCUCCUGCCGCUCGAGCUUGUGGACAAGUGCAUAGGGUCACGCAUUCACAUCGUGAUGAAGAGCGACAAAGAAAUUGUCGGGACGCUUCUGGGAUUCGAUGACUUCGUCAAUAUGGUGUUGGAAGAUGUUACAGAAUUUGAGAUUACACCUGAGGGCAGAAGAAUCACCAAGCUAGACCAGAUUCUGCUAAAUGGAAAUAACAUAACAAUGCUGGUUCCUGGAGGAGAAGGACCUGAAGUAUAAAGUGAUGCAGUUGUCAUCUGUGAAGACAUGUUAUUCAUAUAUAUUUUAUAUAUGUAUGUGUAAAAUCUAAAUAGAGAUUUUGGGAUAGAGGUGUGUUUUGAUGUGGAUUGUCUGUUUCCUGUGUUUAUACACUUAACAUUUUACAAUAGACAAGGAUUUUCUCUUCAGGAAAGGUGCUGAUGGCAAUGUUGACUUUGUAAGUUGAAAUCAUGACUUUCUUGUAAACAUACGUGAACCUCUUUUGAAUAAAAGGCUUUCUUUUUGUUAGUUACUGCGUUCUCUUAUGUAAGUGCACAAGUUGGAUAAUUUUAUAACUAGUUGAUGGAAUAGAAAAAUUACUGUUAGAUUUCAGUUGCCAUCAGUCUUCAGUUUUUUUACAUCUGUCGCAUUUGUUUUUGGCCCAAGUCUAUAUAAUACACAAGUCAUGAGCCAGGAGUUGCUGUUCUUUGGCACACAGGCAGACACUGAGCUGGAUGUUUUGUUAAAAGGCUGCUUUGGGCUGUGUCACUGGAAACUAUGUGGCAGCUGCUGUAGAAUUCUGAAAGCCCUUCAAACAGUGCAUCCGUUUGAUGCUCACCAGCUGGCUUUGAGGUUCAGCUCUCUUGGACUUCUUUUACUUGGUGGAUAUAUUUCCCUAUAGUAAAGGCCCUGUAAUGGCAGUUGGCAAGUGAGAACAGACAGACCAGACCUAAUUCAUGUUCAAGGGGUAAAAAACCCAAAGGCUGGUGCUGAAACUUCUCAUUGAUGUCAGUGGUGACUGUGCUUUCACCACUCAGUGAUGCUCUGUAUACUCAAAUUGGGAGCUGCCUGUGCCUGCUUGCAUAGUUCAGAGCACUCAUUUUAAAGUAAAUGGGUUUUUUUGGCUGCAUCUGUUCUCCUGUGAGGUAAAAACUUGACAGAUACUGUGAGCUACUGUUUUAGGACAAUUUCUGUAAAGUGAGGAACUGCUGUUUUGUCACAAUGCCAUGCUGCCACUGCAGCUUAUGCUUCCAUAGUACACCUCUCAACUGGCUUCCAUGUGUAAAUGUCUUUGGAGAGUAGUCACAGGUCUUACUGUACACAAGGAGGGGCACAGUGUGGGCUUACACACAGGAUGUACUUUACCUUCCCAUCACCAGAAGGAAGAAGAGUUGAAGAAGGGGGCUCAUGAGCAAGAGACGGCAAGGAAGCUGCUGUAGAUCUUUCUGCCUUGCUUCAGCUGACAGAAACACUGCCUUCUGCUAACUGGGCUUCAGCUCACAAAGCAGUGAGAACUUCUUGCUGUAGCCUAUUAAAGGGGAGAGGGAGUCCCUCCCCUAUCCCAGGGAGUGUGCGACUUCUGGCUCACAUGUUCUGAAUAAAUGAUCUGCAAUUGCAA